AUGCAUCACCCCAGCCCUGGCAUCUACCCAGAACAUGAGAACGAAGGAACAGUGGUGGUGAAGCCCUUUAUUGUCCUGACCCCACAGUUUCUGUCCCUUGACCAGGGCCAGCUCACCAAGGAGCUGCAGCAGCCCGUAAAGUCAGUGCCAUCCCUCAUGCAAGUACCUGAGGAAGCCAAGACUGACUGUGAGAAACCCUGGGAGCUCAGGAGGAAGGAGCCGCUCCAAAGCAGGGACAGGAAGCUGGUGGGAAAGGCCAGAAGUCAGGCGGUCAGGUUUCUACUUGAUUAUUUGUAUCCUGGGCAUGACCUUCUUGUUGUUCUGUGGAUGCCUAUCCCUAUUGUGUUUCUGGGAGUUUCCACAGUUGGCCUUUUCCUCCGAAAAAUUAUCUUCCGUCUCUGUGCUCGAGCCUUGGAGAGGGAGACAGCCAAGAGGAAGUCUGCCUACAAGCAGCACAGGAGGAGAAAGCAGGGAGUGCCAGAGAGACACAUGAGUGAGGAGCCAGCCCAGAAACGCCUGUGCCUAAAGAACACUUUUUGGAGAGCAGAUUCAGGACCUCAUUCGGUUCCCGUGAGGAACAGCAGCUGCAUCCCAACUGAAAACACGGAGAUGACAAAGGUUAACAUGGCUGCAGCACAGCGUCAUCAUUACUCAGCAUUGCCCUGCUCGCCCUAUCUCAUGGCUGAACCUUCAAGGCCACUGAUGGCUUGCCAGCCACCUCCUCCAUCUGGAUGUCACCUGGGAGCUCAACCAUUUCCAUCAGUGGAUUAUUUUUGGGGUCCACAGAUAACUACACAGGAGCAUCUUCUGUUACCUCUACCACCCUCAGCCAAUGAUUUUCUGAGUCCAUACACAACUCCACCCGAGUGUCUUCUGACCCCUCUACCGCCAUCUACACAUGAUGAGUUUUCGAGACCACAGACACCUACAGAGGAGUGUCUUCUGUUACCUCUACUGCCCUUAGCCAAUGAUUUUCUGAGUCCAUACACAACUCCACCCGAGUGUCUUCUGACCCCUCUACCGCCAUCUACACAUGAUGAGUUUUCGAGACCACAGACACCUACAGAGGAGUGUCUUCUGUUACCUCUACUGCCCUUAGCCAAUGAUUUUCUGAGUCCAUACACAACUCCACCCGAGUGUCUUCUGACCCCUCUACCGCCAUCUACACAUGAUGAGUUUUCGAGACCACAGACACCUACAGAGGAGUGUCUUCUGUUACCUCUACUGCCCUUAGCCAAUGAUUUUCUGAGUCCAUACACAACUCCACCCGAGUGUCUUCUGACCCCUCUACCGCCAUCUACACAUGAUGAGUUUUCGAGACCACAGACACCUACAGAGGAGUGUCUUCUGUUAACCUCUACUGCCCUUAGCCAAUGAUUUUCUGAAUCCAUACACAACUCCACCUGAGUGUCUUCUGACACCUCUACCGCCAUCUACAAAUGGAGUUUUUGAGACCACAGACACCUACAGAGGAAUGUCUUCUGUUACCUCUACUGCCCUUAGCCAAUGAUUUUCUGAAUCCAUACACAACUCCACCCGAGUGUCUUCUGACACCUCUACUGCCAGCUACAGAUGAUGAGUUUUCAAGACCACGGACACCUACAGAGGAGUGUCUUCUGUUACCUCUACUGCCCUUAGCCAAUGAUUUUCUGAGUCCAUAUACAACUCCACCCGAGUGUCUUCUGACCCCUCUACUGCCAGCUACAGAUGAUGAGUUUUUGAGACCACAGACACCUACACAUGAGUGUCUUCUAGCACCUCUACCACCUGCUCCACAUGAUAAUCUUUGGAGACCACAGACACCUCUACCUGAGUAGUACCUCUACCUCUACCUCCGUCUUCAGCUGAAGAUUUUCUAAGACCCAACUCACCUCAUUCUGAGUGUCUGGUAUCUCUACCACUGUUGCCAGCUGAAGAUGUUCUAAGACCUCACACACCUCCACUUGAGUGUUCUCUGAUAACUCUACCACCAUCUCAAGCUGAAGAUUUUCUGAGACCACACACACCACCACCCUAGUGUACUCUGUUACAUCUACCACCAUCUCAAGCUGAAGACUUGGAGACCACACACACUGCCACCUGAGUGUAAUCUAUUACCUCUACCACCAUCUCAAGCUGAAGAUUUUCUGAGCCCACACACACCUCCCCCCGAGUGUAACCUAUUACCUCUACCACCAUCUCAAGCUGAAGAUUUUCUGGGACCACACACACCUCCACCCGAGUGUAAUCUGUUACCUCUACCACCAUCUCAAGUUGAGGAUUUUCUGGGACUGCACACACCUCCACCCGAGUGUAAUCUGUUACCUCUACCACCGUCUCAAGUUGAGGAUUUUCUGGGACCACACACACCUCCACCUGAGUGUAAUCUGUUACCUCUACCACCAUCUCCAGCUGAAGAUUCUCUGAGCCCACACACACCUCCACCCGAGUGUACUGUUACCUCUACCACCGUCUCAAGCUGAAGAUUCUCUGAGACCACAGUCACCUCCUCCAGUCAAGUGCUCUCUGGUACCUCCAUCAUCUCUCCAGUUUGUGAUCUUCUGAAACCACAGACACUUCCAGCAACUGAGUGUCUUCUGGGACUGCCUUCAUAUCUUCCAGCUAUUUGUUUUGUGGGAUAUCCACCAUCUCCUCCAGCUGCAUCUCCUAUGGGACUUUAUCCACCUCGUCCACCUGUCUAUCCUGCUGAACCUCAGCCACCUGAUCCUAUCUGUCCUGGGGACCCCAUCCACCUCAUUGCCCUGUGUGUCCUGGGGGACCCCAUCCACCUCAUCGCCCUGUGUGUGCAGGGCGACCCCAUCUACCUUAUCACCCUGUGUGUCCUGGGGGAUCCCAUCCACCUCAUCCCUCUGUGUGUCCUGGAGGAUCCCAUCCACCUCAUUCCUCUGUGUGUCCUGGGAGACCCCAUCCACCUAAUCUCCCUGUGUGUCCUGGGAGACCCCAUCCACCUAAUCUCCCUGUGUGUCCUGGGAGACCCCAUCCACCUCAUUGCCCUUGUGUCCUAGGGGACCCCAUCCACCUCACCCAUAUGUCUUUCCUGGGGGACCCCAUUUACCUCAUUGCCCUCUGUGUCCUGGGGGACCCCAUCCACCUUAUCCAUAUGUCUUUCCUGGGGUCCCCAUCCACCUCAUCCUUCUGUUUGUCCUGGGGGACCCCAUCUGCCUCAUCCAUCUGCCUUUCCUUGGGGACCCCAUCCACCUCAUUGCCCUGUCUUUCCUGGGGGACCCCAUCCACCUCAUCCAGCUGUAUUUCCUUUUGGACGUUACCUUCUUCCUUUAGCAGUGUGACAUCUGGGUUCUCAGCCUACUUGUCCACUUAGUGGCCACUGGCAUCUCGGCCACCUUCUUUACCUUGGUGGCCUCCCUUAGCUAUCACCUUUAAAUGAGUCUCCUCUUGUACCUAAAGAAUCUCCUCAUGACCUCUCAGCCCUCAGCCACCUCCUUCUUCUAGGUCUUCUCUAGUACUUCAGCCACCUCCUUCACUUGGCUGACCUGCUGUCUCAGCUGACACUCAGCCUUCACCUGACUUGGCCUCAGACUUCACCCUCUCCUCUAGACACGUGGUCUCUGACACCUCCACCAACACCUCUAAAUGCACUGCUUGAUGUGUUGAUUUGAA